AUGAAAACGCUGCCUCCCAACUACGUCGCCUACAAUUUUGAGCAGCUCAUAACGACCAAGGAGUGGCCGGCGUCUUUCUUCAAGCGGCUGCAAGACGCUGUUAUGAUAUGGGACUACUCCCUAGAGAACUUGAAGGUGAUCCACGGCAAGGGCAUCAAGCACACGGUGUUCAUCCCUUGGGGUUACACCCCGAACUUGGAGAACCCCUUCCCCCAAGUCCCCCGAGACGUGGACGUCAUGUUCGUCGGAGCAGGCGGCGGGACGGGAAAGCGCGUGCCUAAACUUGCCGCCAUCCACGCUCACAAGGCCAACCCGCCGUGGAACUUGGCGUUCAUUUACAACACCUUUGGCGACCCGUUGAAGAAGAUAUACAGGCGGUCGAAGGUGGCCUUGAAUCUGCACUUUUUCACGGGCAGGACCAUUUUGGAGGUCCACCGUAUCCUGCCCCUCAUUGUCAGCAAGGUUCUGGUGUUCUCGGAGCCCAGUGACGAUCCCUGGUGGGACAAUGAGUACAAGGACAUGGUGUACUUUGAUGGUGGGGAUGACAUCAUCACGCCGCUCACCAAAAUCUUGAAAACGGUCAACGUUGAGGCCGAGACGGAGCGGCGGUACAACCUGCUUUUGUCAUGUUGCCGGUUCACGCGGUAUAUCUCGCGAGGGUUGCAGCAGCCGGUGGAAGCUAAAGUAAAAACCAAUUGA